CCAGCCUCCGUCAAGCAUUUCGAUUAUUAGCGCGUAGCGAGACCUCGAUCGAGCCUCAGUGACAGAGAACCAGUCAGAUUAGAAUUGUCGAUCAUACCGAACGGUGAGCACACAGAAUAGACUUCGCCAAGAAUCAAGAGAUUCACGCAAAUUUCUGAAAACUAUAUAACUGUUUGCUGUUCGAAAGUAUCAGCAAGUGGAGUUUAAAAAAAGAGACACUUGUUCAUAAGCUGGGCGAGAUGUUUGCGUCCAAAUCUCGUGAACGUUGGAAUGUUUGUGCCUCCAACAUCGCCAAGCAGACGCACAAUCCCAUAAGAUCGAUCGUGGAGAACAUCGUGGUCGAACCGAAUCCCAACAAGCUGAUGAUCGCGCUGUCCAUCGGCGAUCCUACAACUUUCGGUAAUUUGAAGCCGCCGAAGGAGGUAAUCGAAGCCGUUCAAGAGAGCGUCGCUUCGCAGUUGUACAACGGAUACGCGCCGAGCACGGGGCAUCAAAGGGCACGGGAAGCCGUAGCAGAGUACAGCUCGGACGAGUUCGUGAAAGUUGAUGCCAAGGACGUAAUUCUGUGCAGUGGAUGUUCUUGCGCACUUGAUCUGUGUAUCACAGCUUUAGCCCGAGAAGGUCAAAACAUCCUAAUUCCACGUCCCGGUUUUGCGAUUUACCGAACCUUGGCAGAGGGAUUUGGUAUUACGGUUAAAUCAUAUAAUCUACAACCGGAACUUGGCUGGGAGAUCGAUCUGGACAACCUGGAAGCGCAAAUUGACGAGUCGACGGCGGCGAUUGUCAUCAACAAUCCUUCGAAUCCGUGCGGUUCCGUGUUCAGUCGCGACCAUAUACUUGACAUUCUCGAUAUCGCCGCUCGUUACUACGUGCCCAUUAUAGCCGAUGAGAUUUACGAGCACAUGGUAUUUCCCGGACGGACUUUUCACUCGUUAGCGUCUCUAUCGACCGAAGUUCCUAUUUUGUCGUGUAGCGGUCUGACUAAAAGAUUUCUCGUUCCAGGCUGGCGUAUGGGGUGGAUAAUAAUCCACGAUCGUCAGAAUGUUCUGGAGACCGAGAUUCGAAAAGGUUUGCAUUGUUUGAGUCAGCGAAUAAUUGGCAGCAACACUAUCAUUCAAGGUGCAUUGCCAUCGAUACUUCGAAAUACUCCCCAAAACUUUUUCAACGACGUUAUCCGUACUUUAUAUAUGCAUUCCAAACUGGCGUAUGAUUGUAUAACAAAGAUCCCGGGUCUGAAGCCGAUAAUGCCGGAUGGAGCGAUGUAUAUGAUGGUCUACAUCGAUCUACCGUGUUUUCCGGAAUUUAAUUCCGACCUGGAAUUCGUGCAGCGACUGCUAAUGGAAGAAUCCGUGUUCUGCCUACCCGGCCAGUGCUUCGAUUAUCCCUCUUACAUGAGACUGGUAAUCACCGUGCCGAGUGACAUGCUCGAGGAAGCCUGUCAGAGGAUUCAAGAGUUCUGCGAGAGACAUCAUUAUAAAACGGCGGAGAUCACCGAGAGGAACAGUCUCGACGAGAAAAUAUCGUAUUAAUAAUCGAUACACGUGUCAAAAACUCGAACGCUCGCGUCGGCUCCGCUGAUUAUUUUGUCCGAUGCGAAUACGCGACCAUUCUGUCUGAAAAAAAAAAAAAUAAUAAAACUAAGCGGAUCUAUAUCUUUUAGCUUUGGUUUGCGUCGUUGUGUAUAUGUACAUACGUCUUCUGAAUUUGACGCGAGUUUUGUUUUUAAGUGUGUGUAAAGAAAAAAACAAUUUGAUAGAAUAUCGAGAAAUUAGUUACCAUGGUUAGUACGGCCAAAGAAAAAAAAGAAAAAAUUUGCUAAAAGCCUAUUGAGAUAUUUUUGCCUCAACAAAAUGUUUCGACAAAAACUUCAGUAAACUCAACAAUUUUUCUUGUCAUAUAAUAGCAAACAUUUUUUUUCCGUCUAAGAAUAUUAUUGUACAUGUUAUCUUUUCUAUUUCUAUGACUCGUGGCUCGUAAGUGUUUGUGUUAUACGUGUGUAUAAUAAAUAUCUGUUUGUAAAAAAAGAAA